AUAUCCCCGUUACACCGCACACAGCUCGAAGUUUACUCAUGUUAGUCUGCCACAGAGUGUCCACAAUUAACGAUUUUUCCUGUUUGCUGAACUCAAAUGCAUCCCAGCUCUGACUCUGUUCCUGCCUCUCUGAAAGCAGUCCGCCAUGGGUGCUAGGAGGAGGUUCUGUUUGGAGAUGGACUCUCUACAGUAGCUGUCCGGGCCGGACAGCUCAUCCUGGAGGUCCUGCAUGGCGGUGCCGGUCCAGUUCCUUUGCCGGGGGAUUCGCACGGUUGGAUUGGUUCUCCUCUUCUAUGUCUUCUCCAUAGGCAUCACGUUCUAUAACAAAUGGCUGAUGAAGGGCUUCCACUACCCGCUCUUCAUGACGCUGGUUCACCUCACCAUCAACUUCUGCCUGUCGGCUCUGACGCGGCGGGCCAUGCAGUGCUGGGCAGGGAAACCCCGCAUCGUCCUGAGCUGGAGGGAUUACCUCCGUAAAGUGGCUCCGACCGCUCUUGCAACAGCGCUGGAUAUCGGACUUUCCAACUGGAGCUUCCUCUUCAUCACCAUCAGCUUGUACACCAUGACCAAGUCCUCGGCCGUGCUCUUCAUCCUCUUCUUCUCUCUCAUCUUUAAACUGGAGGAGCCGAACCCGUUCCUGAUCGUGGUGGUGCUGCUGAUCUCCAGCGGUCUGUUCAUGGUCACGUUCAAGUCGACCCAGUUCAACCUGGAGGGCUUCAUCAUGGUGCUGCUGGCCUCCUUCAUCGGCGGCAUCCGCUGGACGCUCACUCAGGUCCUCAUGCAGAAAGCAGAGCUGGGCCUGCAGAACCCAAUAGACGCCAUGUACCACCUACAGCCUCUCAUGUUCCUCAGCCUCUUUCCCCUCUUCCUGUAUAACGAAGGGCUGAGCCUCAGCAGCUCGGAGAAGUUGUUCCGGGUGACGGAGCUCUCUCCUCUGCUGUAUUCGCUCUUCACGCUGAGCAUCGGCGGCCUGCUGGCCUUCGGUUUGGGCUUCUCGGAGUUCCUGCUCGUCUCCAGGACCUCCAGCCUCACCUUGUCCAUAUCAGGGAUCUUUAAGGAGGUGUGCACUCUGUUCCUGGCCGCCACUCUGAUGGGAGACGAGAUGAACACAGUGAACUGGCUGGGCUUCGUCGUGUGUCUGUCCGGCAUUUCGCUGCAUGUGGGACUCAAGACGUAUUAUUCCAAAAAUAAAGGCCCUUCUUUAAGGCAACUCAGCAGCAAGAGCCCAGAGCUGGAGCUGCCUCUCCUGUGGCCGAACGGAGACAAAGGCAAGGAGUCGGCCGCCGAGGAAGACGAAGACGAGGAACAAGAAAUCACUCUGCACUGACGUCGCGGGACGUCGUCCUCGUGCCACUCAUUCCUGUGAAAUCAAAGAGUGUUAAAAACUGUUCACAAACACUGCCACAAAACGAGGACGUCCUCAGUAUUUGUUUUGAACGUGACACGGAUGAUGACGUUUUUGCCUUCGGGGAGGUCGAAGAUGUAGCAAACACCUGCAAGUGUCGACAAAAUGUGACGCGUGGAGACAGAAGCGGAGAGCUUUAAAGGGAUUCUUCCACACUGGGGGCCAACUUGUCUGUCACUCUGGUUCUGCAGAGUCGGGAUCUGAACAGUGUUGUAGGGGAUUAAUCGAGGGGCUGCGAAUGUUUAGUGUUAGCAGAAAACUGUGGUGACCUGACGCCAGGCUCCUCAGAACGUAGCACCAUUCCCAAUAGUGUUAUCUUGUGUAAAGCAGAAAUAAUAGACUGAUCAGUGACGGCUGUAGAGCUGCUGUAACUCUGCAGGUUCCUUCCUCGCUUAAUCGAUUAAUUGUUUGGUCUAAAAAUGGUAGAAAAAAAACGAGAAUUGUCCUCACAGUUUCCUAAAGCCUUAAGGUUCAGUAAUCUUGUGUCGUUACUAAUUAGGCGACUAGUUGAGACUGAUGUCAGGUUUGAUGAAGCUGAUUUUCUAACGUGCAUCCUAAUGCUGUGACAUCACACAACGUUUUUAAUCAAAUUUGCUUCAGACGUUAGCAUAACUGAAACAUUCCUUGAUUGCACGUAACGAGCUGCAGGGUUGAAGCGUUUCUCGUCAGGCCGUCCGUCUGUGGGAGACGUUUGAAGAGACGCGACGGGACCUUAAUGUGCCUUAUUAACCGCAAUCAGGAACACCUCUUCAAAGAGCUAUUCUCAGAAUCCAUUCAGACCGAGUCAGUGGCGAUGUAGCCGGAUUACUUGAGUUUAAAGCCAUUUAUUAAAAAAAGGUGUAAAUGUUUUUUUUCUGUCAUGUUUUUUCUGUAAAAUGCAGCGUUGUUGCACUGAGAAAUAAAGUGACAAACAAAAAGGAGAAAUAA